CACACACACACUCUCUCACUGUCUUCUCACUCCACUCUAGUUUGGGAAUGACCAACGUGCUGGGAAGUCGCUCUUUCUUCACUUUGCGCGGCGAUGCAACACAUUCCAGCGCCACACCAGCUUCUACUUGGACCUUCCUUUUGAUGGGGAAACACUAAACUUGUCUUAUAGCUGUAGGGGAGCUUUAGAGGGACGCGUUGAGCAGCGCUCAUGUGAGAUCCAAAAUAAGGAGACAUGUCUGCCAAUCAAGGACUUCUCAACAGCGUCUUCUCCUGCUCUUCCCCUGCCUCCAAAGCCAUAACCAAACGGAGGCUACGCCAAACCCGGAGCCUGGACCCCGCUAUUAUAAGACACGACACCGAGACCGAGGGAGUGAGUGGCGCACCGUUUUCUGGAGCGGCGGCUGAGGGCGCAGGUGUGUCUCCGGAGCGCUUGGCUGUGAAACCGGCUUUACGCACCAAUAUUCCGAAACUAAAGGAGCCCAUAACCCCGUCUCUCUCUUCUCCUUCCAUACCUUUGGAUGUUUCUCCGUCCUCCAACUUCCACUUUGACUAUGAUAUAGAGAAACGUGCCAAAAGGAAUACCGCCGGGGAUUUACCGUUUCUGGUGAGGGGGCCCGGUGUAGCGCCGUCCGGGAGCACUGGCACUCUGUUCUCUCCGCGGAGGUGGCUUCAGAAGAAAGUGCAGCCGUCCAGCUCUCACGCUUACGUGGUGUGGAAAUCAGAGGGUGAUUACACGUGGAGCAGCCUGUCGGGGCGGAGCGUGCGUCUGACACCCGUUGCCAUCCAGAGUCUGUCUGAGCUGGAGAGGGCCAAGCUGCAGGAAGUAGCCUACACCCGUUUACACCAGGACUAUGAUCUGGGAUGUCAGAUAACCAUGCCAAAAGAUGGACAGAAGAGGAAAAAGUCGCUGAGGAGGAAGUUGGACUCGCUAUCAAAAGAGAAGAGUAAAGACAAAGAAUGCAUACCCCAGGCCUUCAGUAUAGUGCUCUCCCAGGUCAUCGCCAACGACAGAACACACAGGCAGCGUCAGGACGGCUAUCGCCAGGACCCUCCACAGCGCGAGGAGCACAAGGACUCCUCCGACCUUGUGUCGUCCAUUUUACAGUUUGCCACCAAGCGGCCGUCCAAUAAGGAGUUAUCCAGCAGUAACUCCUCUUUGAGUUCCACAUCCGAGACAGCCAAUGAGUCAACGUCACCCAACACGCCUGAGGCUGCACCCCGAGCACGCAGGAGGGGUGGCAUGUCAGUGGACUCGAUCACGGACCUGGACGACAACCAGUCCCGCCUGCUCGAGGCCCUGCAGCUCUCUCUGCCGGCCGAAACGCCGAGUAAAAAGGAGAAGCACCGUGACAAAAGGCUGAGCCUCAAUCCCAUCUACCGCCAGGUGCCCCGGGUGGUCGACAGCUGCUGCCAGCACAUCGAGAAAUACGGUUUGCAGACUGUGGGGAUCUUUAGAGUGGGAAGCUCCAAGAAGAGAGUCCGACAGCUACGUGACGAGUUUGAUCGUGGCAUUGACGUCCAGCUGGAUGAGGACCAAAGCGUCCACGAUGUGGCUGCCCUGCUGAAGGAGUUCCUGAGGGACAUGCCCGACCCGCUCCUCACCAAGGAGCUCUACACGGCCUUCAUCAACACCACAUUGUUGGAUCCAGAUGAGCAGCAGAAUGUUACUCAGCUACUGGUCUACCUGCUCCCAGCAUGCAACAGUGAUACUCUCCACCGCCUCCUGGAGUUUCUGUCAACUGUGGCCGACCACGCCCAUGACCGGCAGGAUAAAGACAGACAAGAGAUCACAGGGAACAAGAUGACGUCUCUGAACCUGGCCACCAUCUUUGGCCCCAACCUCCUCCACAAGCAGAAGAGCUCAGACAAGGAGUUCAGUGUCCAGAGCUCGGCCAGGGCCGAGGAGAGCACGGCCGUCAUCGCCGUGCUGCAGAGGAUGAUCGCCAGCUACCAAACCCUGUUCAUGGUGCCUCCUGAUCUGCAAAAUGAGGUUUUGAUGAAUCUAUUGGAGACGGAUCCAGAUGUGGUGGACUACCUGCUGAGAAGAAAAGCAUCGCAGAGUCCCGACCUGUUGCAGUCAGAGGAGCCCUUCGCCCUGAGCGAGCUCCAUUCCUCCAGCGACUCCAACAAGGUGUCCAGCGGCGAGGUGUCCCCUUAUGACAACAACUCCCCAAUCCUGAGCGACCGGAGAGGAGAGCCAGGAAGCCCGGGCAGCGAGCCGCUCUUCUGUGUCCCAGAACAGUACACUCUGGUGGGGCAGGUGGCCGGCUGGAGCAGGGAGCCUGGGGCUGACACUUGGGGUGCCAAAGACGCUAUAUCAGAGGAGCACGCUAACAUUUGGGGGACGUGGCACACUACUCUGAAACCAACACUUAAGGACCAAGCAUACACAGGUUCCCAUGGCAACAUGUCAGAGGGAAGCUCCCGCAGCUCACAGGAAGGUCUCGACGGACACCAUGGCGAUGGCAGGCAGCAGGCAACGCUGCAACGGACUCAGACAGCGCCUGGCAUCGCCGAGUGCAGACCCCACCCCCCGGUCACCAGAGUGUGUGCCCAGCUCAACCCCAACCCCUCUGCGACGUCACACCUCAAUAGCACGCAAGGCCUCCAUCGAGCAAGCGGACACGCAAAUAACCCGACCUCGAGACCUCAAAGCGGGGUGAACACUGGCGAUGGUGGCCCUGCUGUUCGUAACGACAGCCGCUUUCCUCCCCCUUAUAACGCCCACCAUCGACUGUCUAGUUCCCAAAGUUCGCCUCAGCCCACGACAGGUCAGCGGCCCCCUCUGCAGCGCGGGAGGCUGAGUGCAGCGCAAAUGAAUAACUCUGCCUCGACGACAGAGAACCAAAUGGUGCCGCAUAGCCCGGAGUGGCAGGACUGGCAGAGGGACCGGUGGCAGAUCUGGCAGCUGCUGUCCUCGGACAAUGCCGACGCACUGCCUGAAACACUGGUGUGAUCUCAGACCAUGAACUGCUCCGCUAUAGCCAACCAAUGGCGUGAUCAAAACCCAUCCAAUGACAAUCACUCCUUAUCUCUACCUUCAUUUCAAGUUUUCUCUCCGCCUGCCUUUCAUCCAUUCAUGGAUUUCAUCCCUCUGUGCUUCUCCUGCGUCCUAGCGCCAUGGCGUUGUUGUUUACGUGUGCAGCUGCUGCCUUACACAGACUUUUGCAUCCAAGAGCCACUAGUAUUUCUUGUUUAAAAUGGAUGUUAAAAAGUUGCUUCCAUACGUUUUGUCCAUAAUGACAUGAGUUGAGUUGGGAGCAUUAAAAUGCCCACUGGAAAUACCUCAAAAAAAAACUAUACUUUCGUAGUUUCACAGAAUGUUACCACGACCAUAUUUUCUAUUCAGAGUGAGUUCAGUCUUCAUAUCUCAAUUGAGAAUAGGAAAACAUUUGUUUCUUUAGUUUGUUUUCAAUUCAUAAUUAAAAACCUUUUUCCUCCAUACAGACACCAAGAUGUACCCAUUAGUAAAUGCUGCUAAAUGUCGAACUUUUGUGUGCGUACUGGUAUUGUAGUUCAGCCACACCUGUCUAAAAAUGUAUAUAUAUACAAACAUACAUACACAGUAUAUAUAAAUUGACGUGUAAAGUAUAUAAUUUGCCAAUCUACUAAAAGCAAGUCAGCUCUUUAACUGGCAGUCUAAAUGUUGGUGUUUAAUUAUAAAGCACUUGGCUGUAAGUUUGCUUAUAUAUGUGCUCUUGCCACCUGCUGCAAGGCAGCAACAUUGUGCCAAAGUCACAAUUUUUUUUAAUUUUUUUUUUACUUCACAAUAUUUAUCAUACUGUUCAUUUCAUCCAGUUCAUUUCGGAUAAAAGACUCAAGAUAUUCAUCAUACAGGUAUAAGAAAAGGAAGCUAAUUUUAAGACACUAACAUGACAUCAUUAGGAUCAUAUUUCGGACUAUUCAUUAAAUGACUGACUCCUGAUGCUCAAACACUUAAAUUAAGAUGAAGAAAGAGCAAGCCUUAGUGGCCCACAUAAUAAAUAUCAAAAAUGUUUUUUGUUGUUGUUGUUUUUUUUUUAAAAAAGGUCAGUGUGCAUACAAAUAGACCAAUAUAGUAGUAUAAAUAAGAGCCAGGGUUAUGGUUAAAUAUCAGAUAUCCGAAAUAGUACUUUUAAAGUUACAAUCUCAAAGAUCUCCAUUUGCUCUCUUUGGCGUCACCUAUGGUGAUAAGCGGUAAUUGUAGAUGUGUUUUUGGAUCUCACCCCCCCCAAAGAUCCAAACUGUGUCGCCUGUGUGAUGUCAGUCAGUUGGCAAUUGAAGAGCGAGUCUGUUGCUUUAGCUCCGCCUAAUCUCUCUGGCAGACCAACCACUGCUGGGUGAUGGAAAACGCAUUACUAUUGUGCAUUGCUUGUGAUUUUUUUUGUGAUAAUACUGCAAAUGCAGGGGCUUUUCAUCAGUGGGCCAUAGGCUCAAUCCCCAUUGUGUUACCUCGUUCAGCAAUAGAUAGCGACUUGGACACAAAAACGUGAAAAUAGGGUGCAGGUUGAAAAAUACUGUUGCCCUUUAAGAGACAUUUACUUAAAUGAAAAUCUUUGAGAUUAUUUCUUUAAAUAAUUCUUAGCCUUUUGAAAUCCUGUCUGGAAGACCAGAGGUUUUAGAGAAACAUGUAAAACAGUGUCACGUGUCCAAAUGUAUCGGAAUUCAAUGUAUAAAAUGUUUUCUCGCAUUGCCAAGUAUUCUAUGUCCAUUUGGUGUUUAAGAUUGAGAAUCAUUUGAAUGUAUUAUUUAACCUAAAUCUGGUUACAUCAAGGCAAAACAUGAACUACAGUCUGGAACUUUAUUUCCCAUGUUCAAUGCAAAAACUGGUAUGAAGUUACACUAAUGCAUUCUUCAAGAUUAUAACCUGAUGAUUGAAAAACUCUAAAAAUCCAACACAAUAAAGUAUAAAAAUAUCAACAGUAUUGCAUUUACAUGAAUGACUUGACUGAUCCAUGAUAGUAUACGUCUCAUUGUAGACUGAAUAUGUCAACUGAGUGCAGAGUCCCUGCCUAUCUAAGAGGCUUAAAGCAUUUCACAACCAACCUGUCCAAAUCCUCUCAAAUGUCAGUCAAGUGGGUAUUUGCUGGCAAAUAUUUCACAUUUUCAAGUUAUGAUGUGCUCAGUUGAAGUCAGCGUUAAAUCUAGUGACACAUUUUGUAUAAUUUAAUGUCUUCUUUGUCUUGGUUUGCUUGUACAGUAUGUGACUUUGAGAAGUCAUCGGAAGAGAGCCACACAAGUGCAAGAAGUGGAAGGAUUGUGGUGAGGUGUACGGCGCCAUCUAUUGUCGGACCAUGUGUAUUAGCAUGCUGCUGCUCCCCACAGUCCACCGUUUCCAUGGGAUCCAUCUGUGCUCAGUUUAGAAUCAAUUAGCUUGUUAUUAUAAGCACCUUUUUGUGAAAAUUGUGUAAAUCCGUGUGAGGAAAUAAAUGUGCCAUAGGUCUUGCUCUUAAAAAAAAUGUUCUUCAUGCAUUGGUGAAAGUUCUUAUUUUGUGAAUGUUUUGUAUUACUUUGUUUUCUGGUGAGUGUUGUAAUAUAUAAAUACAAUAUAACAGUUUUUUUUCAAGGAGAAAAACAAAUUAAGGUGGGAAUAUUGCUAAUGAUCCUAACUUUGUCUCCCCAAGCCAAGACCAUAAUUAAUUGAAUUUCUUUUUGUAUAGCGAUUUUCAUGGACUCAAAGUCGCUUGUCACCAUGUUAGUCUCGUUGACUUUACUAUGAAACUAAGAGAGACUUAGUGUUAUGUUGUUUUUAUUGUGGAUAUCUUUGGUGGGGUUUACUGGGUCCAAGUUGUCAAUGGAAUGUCUGGUAAUUGCUUUUGUACUGCGUGCCAUCAUCAAUAUUCUACAAUGGAAUUAAAUAUGAUAACGUUUA